AGUUCGCGUGGUCGCAGUAGACAAAACAUUGACUUUCCGCCGUUUUCCCCAACGCUUUUCUUCUUUGAUUAAAUAACCAGGCAGUGCCAAGUGCAGUUGUCGCCUGAAAUUAGCCUAAAAUGUUUUCACUUUCUCGCCACGCACUGCGGCGCACUCGAAUUUUCGCCACAAACCGCUACUUUUCAGAUUCACGUCAAGACAGCGACAACCCGGCGAAAAGGUAUUCCGGCAAAGCGACUAUGGAUAACAAGAGCGAAAAGGUUACAGUGAACAAGGAGGAGCUGCGCAAGCGCCUGACCCCAAUGCAGUAUCAGGUUACCCAGGAGGCAGGAACAGAGCGCCCAUUCACAGGCUGCUACAACAAGCACUACGAGAAGGGCGUGUACCAGUGCAUCGUGUGCCACCAGGACCUGUUUAGCUCGGACACCAAAUACGAUUCCGGCUGCGGAUGGCCGGCCUUCAACGACGUCCUCGACAAGGGCAAGGUCACCCUGCACCGCGACGCCAGCAUACCAGUAGUCAUUUCGAAAACGCUAGGCAUGGUGCGCACAGAGGUGCGCUGCUCCCGCUGCUCCGCCCACAUGGGCCACGUCUUCGACGACGGACCGCCGCCCAAGCAUCGCCGCUUCUGCAUCAACUCCGCCUCCAUCGAUUUUGUGAAAAGCUCGGCGCCAUCGAAGGCGGAUCCUCCGACGGCCUCGUCCAAGAAAUAAUGACCGAUAUGCCUGCGAUUCUCAACGAAGAUUAUAUCCGGAGGAGCCCCAUAUAGACCUGGAAGAUAUACUGUAUACCACGGGGAGUUAGAGCAGAUAUAUCUCUACAGCACCUUUCUAAGACCUUCAUGCCUGAAAAAAGAUUUUUCGCAAUUUUAUAGGAGUUUAUUAUGCUAAAAAAAAGUUUAACAAAAAACAAAGCUUGUACAAGAACGAUGUUUGGAAAUGUAUUAUGGAACGAGGAGUGAGAGAUUAGUGUUGUAGAUCAGUCCAAGAACCCAUUUACUUAUCUUUCCUUUCACCUUUCAUCUAAGUCUACUCUGUUUCGGUUUCAAAUCUCUAUUAUACUGCCGGAUGGUGAAAAAUUGAGUAAUUUUAUAAAAGCUUAUUCCGGAUUUGUAAACGAAAAAAGGAAUCUAUAAUUCCUGUUAUUGGUUUAUGCACACUUUUUGGUUGGCCCUCAUCUAUUACUGAAUAGUACGAACUCUACUUCUUUUGUUACGUAAUCUUAGGAAAUAUUGUACGUUAAUAAUAUUUAACAUAUUUCGUAGGAGUUUACAUGUUAAAUCAAACAAUUAUGUUUGGGCAAAGUUACAAGUGUAUUAAGGAUCAGUCUAGGGUUUCCAUAUUUGGUUUAUCUAAGUUUUUUUUCGGUUGAAUGUCAUCUUACACCCCUUUUUCAGUUAUAAAUCCACAAAAAAAAAGUGGAGAACAUAAAAGCUUAUUUCAUAUUCCCAUUUCGAUCAUUAUCCAAGGUCGGUUGGCUUUAUUUUUGGGCCAGGGCCAUUAUGUGUUUGUUUGUAAGUGUGUAGCGCUUUUAUUUUAAAAUAUUUCCGCAUAUGUAUUUUAUUUGCUGGUGUUGUAAUUUGUUUUCUACGAUCUUGCUUUUAUUUAUAAUUUUGUUGCUUCUUACUCAUGGUCAAUGUCUUUUUGAAUAACAUAACUCUAAUAUUGUAACCAACAUUAUAUCCAUAAACUUUAUAGAGUGUCUCAAGCCAAUCGAAUAAUGUGUAUUUUCGUAUAUUUUCUAUUUCUCUUUUUUUAACUCGCUUCCAAAAACAAAACAAAAACAAAAAAAAACUAAAUGUACGCCUAUAAACGUUAUUUGGGGGUUUGUUUUGCUAACAAAAAACACUACUCACUGCUGAAAUUGUAACACCCAAUACACGACACAUAAAAUGCUUAAUUAACCAAAAUAAUAUGUACACCAAAUCACUCGGAAAACGAUCAUUAUUUCUGAUUCGUCAUGUUUUUCACCUAAUUUAUGUGAUUUCAUUUCAUCAUUUUCAACUGCCGCCGUCCAUUCUUAUUUAUCGCUCUCUUCUGCACCACUUCUUUCGCCUUGUUCUUCGCUCUUCGAUGCACCUCCCACUUAUUUGCCGUGAUUUCUUCGAUCUGUCUCUGUUUUUAUCUUCCUGCUUUUCAUUUAUCACCCAUUUUGCAAUCAAUUUUCUAUUUCUGUUGAUUUGUUUACAACGAAAACUUUGAAUUACCCUUGCAAAACGAUCCAAAAAAAUUAAAAUAUUGUAAAAAAAAAUGUGAAACAAAUGCGCUACAAAAAAAAAAACAAAACGUAUCCAAUUAAUCCCACAAAAU